GGCGUAUGAUCUGCUUCCGGCUCUUGUUCCCAUUCAUAACUUGACCGCUGCCACCACCGUCCCCCCACCUUGUUCUUUCCUUUGUACACACUUUACCAUCCAUAUUCUCGCUUUAUAUCUGCCUCCCUCGAUUUGUUAUACCGCUUCCGAACCCUCCACCGGACCACAACCAACCCAGCGAAAUAAUGCUCGGAAAGCGCAGACUAUCCGCCGGCCAGCUCGAGUCGCCCGCCAAGCGGCGCGCGACGAGCGUGCCGUGCACCCCGCAGAAGCCGCGGCCACAGCGAGCUUCCUAUGUGCCCCGGCCCUCCCUCGACUUUAGCGGCCUCCCCGAAACCCCGCUCGACUCCCCCGGGAACCCCCUCGGCCGCCACCAUGUCGUCAAGCUCUCCCGCCGGCUCCCUGACCCGUCCUCCUUCGGCAAGCACGUCGUCCUGCGCAUGCAGCUCGUCGUCCAUUCCGCGAAGCGUGUGCACCCCGUGUACCGCAUCGUGCAGCUGCCGCUCAACUACACAUUCACGCACCUCCGCGCCCUGAUCGCCUACCUCUUCGGCGGCCCGCACGACGGGGACGACCACUCAGGCGGGCGGCACGUCUUCGAGGUGAAGCGCGACGUGGUGAUGCACUCCAAGAAGCGCCCGGGCGAGAUUUUCAGCGCUGUGACCACGGUCAAGCUCUCUGGGUCCAAGCACCCGUUCACCCACCAAGAUGAGGAGAAGGUGUUCGACGACGAUGAGGAUGAGCUGCAGGAGGACGAUACCCGCUGGGAAGGCGAGGAGGAUUUCACGAUCGCGCAGGUGUUCCCGAUGGGACUCAACUCAUCGGACGCCGUCAAGGACAGCUUGACGCGCGCUAUUGUCUGGAAAUCCAACACCAACCCCGCCGUCCAACUGCAUCUCACGAUCAACACCGAAGCCGUCAAGACCCGCCGCGGCAAGGGCAACGCGCCCUUCGUAUUCAGAAGCCACGGGCAAACGAGCCUCCUCGCGCGCAAUGACCUCGGCGAUUAUGACGACGUUGAGGAAGACGCAGGUGGUGACACGGAGACGGACGAGGAGGGCGACGAGACGGACCCGAUGAUCGCAAGGUGGAACAGGGAGGGCGCGUUCGAGAAGUUCUUCCGCAGACGGGCUAUCCGCACUCUGGGCGAGCUCGAGGUCGAUGAACCCAAAACCCCCGGCCUCACCUACUCCUCGUCCCCCACUCAAGCAUCCUCCUCUCCCGUCCUGCCUACCCCAGCCAAUGCAACGAACGUGUACCCCUUCCCCUCCGUCUACGCGUCCGGCCCCUCAUCGUCCUACAUGCACGGCAAUGAGCUCCCCUUCUCCACCUUCCCCAAGUUCACGCCCCUCCCGAGCGCGCACCUCCGCAAACGGGUGGACAGCACGGAGAAGUUCAUCGCGCUGGAGAAAAGGAAGCCGUGGAUGACGAAGUACGAUGAGGUGGAUAGUGAUCGGGGGAGCAGUGCGGAGCCGGAGGAGACGAGGUUGGGGCCGGCGCGCAAGCGGAAGGUGGCGGUGUCGGUGAAGGCGGGGGGCGAGCGCGUGCGGGCUUCGGCGCUGCUGAAGGCGGAGGCCUCACGCUCGCGAUCUUCGGCUCUUCUGAAAGCGAGCGCUCCCAUCUCGAUGAAGGCUGUAUCCUCGAAGCCGGCAUCCUCCAAACCGGGACCCUCGCAUGAGGCGGACGACGAGGAGCUGGACGACGACUUCCUCACCGAGAUGCUCAGGCAGUCGCAGGAGGAGGACGAGGAUGCUGCUCGGGCAGAGGAGGACGCGGGUCACGACGAAGAGGGUGCGGCACACGACGAAGAGGGUGUCGCACACGACCAUGAAGAGAACCCGUUCUUAGUCGACGAAGACGAGCGCGCUGAACAAGAGGAAGACGAGCGCGCUGGAGACGAGGAAGACGGGCUCGCGGGUGACAAUGACGAUGAACUCGCGGGUGACAACGACGACGAGCUUGCGGGCGACGACGAACUGGUGUACGAGCGGCCGAGCGACGACCUGCUCGACGAGGACCUCUUCAUCGACCUCACCAGGGAGGACGAGGUGUACGAGCGGGAGGUGUCGGUGGAGCCGUAGUUGUUCUGGCUUAUUCCGCGCGUCUUGUUACUCUCACCGGCGCGUCUCUUUUCAAAGCGUCUUGUGCUAUCGGCGCGUCUCGCUCGUGUCAGCGGCGCGCCUCCCUCGUGCCGCUGGUGCGCAUCGUCCUCAAUACCGGCGAGCAUCCACCCUGCGCUUUCCACCCGCGAGGCCCGCACAGGCGCGUCUCGCGAUAUACGACAAUCUCAAUUUACCAACCUACGCAUCGGUACCCCACUGGGCGACCCAUUCCCCAUGCAUACAGGCCCCGCGAUACGACUCCAGACUGUUCAUAAUACGCACCGACUCUUGCAGAUAUAGAUUUGUUGACUGGUUCAUAGCAUAUGUAUCUAGGUUAUAGUGGCAGCUGCAGAGCGACUUGAUUUCCGAAUGCGAUACCUCCUUCAUACUCUCUCUGCCCUAUAGCAAUAUCGUAUUUGCUGGCGAAAUGUCUAAGCAGAGACAAAGCCACGGG